UCCAAGGUCACUAAGAUGUUCCUGCUUCCAGCCCUGGAAUACAGGACCACAGAGGUGGGCUCUUGCUGCAGGUCCCGGACGCUCAGCGGCAGGGACGCCCUGUCUCGGCCCUGUGCUGCCUUUCCUGAGAAGUCUGCUUCUCCUGGGCCUUCUGUCUGUCUCCGUUGCGUCUGUCUGACCACUCCACCUCAGCAGUGCCAGGGCACCGGGGCCCUGGGUGGCAGCAUGCCCACAGCAGCCAGUGGAGGAGGGGCAGCCCGGGCGCCGGGUGCCGACAGGGAGCCACCCACACAGAGGCCCUGGUUUGCCGUGAGCCCUGGGGCCUCCGCCAGGUCCCCGAGCAAAGCCACUUCCCCAGCCUCGCCGCUCCUGCUCUUUGCCAACCGCCGGGACGUGCGGCUGGUGGACGCCGGCGGAGUCAAGCUGGAGUCCACCAUCGUGGUCAGCGGCCUGGAGGACGCAGCCGCCGUGGACUUCCAGUUCUCCAAGGGGGCUGUGUACUGGACGGACGUGAGCGAGGAGGCCAUCAAGCAGACGUACCUCAACCACUCGGGCGCGGCCACGCAGAACGUGGUCAUCUCCGGCCUGGUCUCGCCCGAUGGCCUGGCCUGCGACUGGGUCGGUAAGAAGCUGUACUGGACGGACUCGGAGACCAACCGCAUCGAGGUGGCCAACCUCAACGGGACGUCCCGGAAGGUGCUCUUCUGGCAGGACCUUGACCAGCCUCGGGCCAUCGCCCUGGACCCCGCUCACGGGUACAUGUACUGGACAGACUGGGGGGAGACGCCCCGGAUCGAGCGCGCAGGAAUGGAUGGCAGCACCCGGAAGAUCAUUGUGGAUUCAGAUAUUUACUGGCCCAAUGGGCUGACCAUCGACCUGGAGGAGCAGAAGCUGUACUGGGCGGAUGCCAAGCUCAGCUUCAUCCAUCGCGCCAACCUGGACGGUUCCUUCCGGCAGAAGGUGGUGGAGGGCAGCCUGACACACCCCUUUGCCCUGACGCUCUCUGGGGACACUCUGUACUGGACGGACUGGCAGACGCGCUCCAUCCACGCCUGUAACAAGAGGACCGGGGAGAAGAGGAAGGAGAUCCUCAGUGCCCUCUACUCCCCCAUGGACAUCCAGGUGCUCAGCCAGGAGCGGCAGCCUUCCUUCCACACGCAGUGCGAGGAGGACAACGGCGGCUGCUCCCACCUGUGCCUUCUGUCCCCGAGGGAGCCUUUCUACACUUGUGCCUGUCCCACGGGCGUGCAGCUGCAGGAGGACGGCCGGACGUGCAAGGCAGGGGCCGAGGAGGUGCUGCUGCUGGCCCGGCGCACGGACCUGCGGAGGAUCUCCCUGGACACUCCGGACUUCACGGACAUCGUGCUGCAGGUGGACGACAUCCGGCACGCCAUCGCCAUCGACUACGACCCACUAGAGGGCCACGUCUACUGGACCGACGACGAGGUGCGGGCCAUCCGCCGGGCCUACCUAGACGGGUCUGGGGCGCAGACACUGGUCAGCACUGAGAUCAACGACCCCGACGGCAUUGCAGUGGACUGGGUGGCCCGCAACCUCUACUGGACAGACACAGGCACCGACCGCAUCGAGGUGACCCGCCUCAAUGGCACCUCCCGCAAGAUCCUGGUGUCCGAGGACCUGGACGAGCCGCGGGCCAUUGUGCUGCACCCUGUGAUGGGCCUCAUGUACUGGACAGACUGGGGGGAGAGCCCCAAAAUCGAGUGUGCCCACCUGGAUGGGCGGGAGCGGCGUGUCCUGGUGAACACCUCCCUUGGGUGGCCCAACGGCCUGGCCCUGGACCUGCAGGAGGGCAAGCUGUACUGGGGAGACGCCAAGACGGACAAAAUCGAGGUGAUCAAUGUGGACGGGACCGAGAGGCGGACCCUCCUGGAAGACAAGCUCCCACACAUCUUCGGGUUCACGCUGCUGGGGGACUUCAUCUACUGGACCGACUGGCAGCGGCGCAGCAUUGAGCGGGUGCACAAGGUCAAGGCCAGCCGCGAUGUCAUCAUCGACCAGCUGCCCGACCUGAUGGGACUCAAAGCUGUGAAUGUGGCCAAGGUCAUUGGAACCAACCCGUGUGCUGAGGGCAACGGCGGGUGCAGCCACCUGUGCUUCUUCACACCCCGGGCCACCAAGUGCGGCUGCCCCAUCGGCCUGGAGCUCCUGAGUGACAUGAGGACCUGCAUUGUCCCCGAGGCCUUCCUGGUGUUCACCAGCAGAGCCGCCAUCCACAGGAUCUCGCUGGAGACCAACAACAACGACGUGGCCAUCCCGCUCGCGGGCGUCAAGGAGGCCUCCGCGCUGGACUUCGACGUGUCCAACAACCACAUCUACUGGACGGAUGUCAGUCUGAAGACCAUCAGCCGCGCCUUCAUGAAUGGCAGCUCCGUGGAGCAUGUGAUCGAGUUUGGCCUCGACUACCCGGAAGGCAUGGCUGUCGACUGGAUGGGCAAGAACCUCUAUUGGGCUGACACCGGGACCAACCGGAUUGAAGUCGCCCGGCUGGACGGGCAGUUCCGGCAGGUCCUCGUGUGGAGGGACUUGGACAACCCUAGGUCUCUGGCCCUGGAUCCCACCAAGGGCUACAUCUACUGGACCGAGUGGGGCGGCAAGCCCAGGAUUGUGCGGGCCUUCAUGGACGGGACCAAUGGCAUGACGCUGGUGGACAAGGUGGGCCGGGCCAACGACCUCACCAUCGACUACGCAGACCAGCGUCUCUACUGGACAGACCUGGACACCAACAUGAUCGAGUCGUCCAACAUGCUGGGUCAGGACCGUGUGGUGAUUGCCGACGAUCUCCCGCACCCCUUCGGCCUGACGCAGUACAGCGACUACAUCUACUGGACGGACUGGAACCUGCACAGCAUCGAGAGGGCCGACAAGACCAGCGGCCGGAACCGCACCCUCAUCCAGGGCCACCUGGACUUCGUGAUGGACAUCCUGGUGUUCCACUCCUCCCGCCAGGAUGGCCUCAACGACUGCAUGCACAACAACGGCCAGUGUGGACAGCUGUGCCUCGCCAUCCCUGGCGGCCACCGCUGUGGCUGUGCCUCGCACUACACCCUGGACCCCAGCAGCCGCAACUGCAGCCCACCUUCCGCCUUCUUGCUGUUCAGCCAGAAAUGUGCCAUCAGCCGCAUGAUCCCCGACGACCAGCGCAGCCCGGACCUCAUCCUUCCCCUGCACGGUCUGAGGAACGUCAAGGCCAUCGACUAUGACCCGCUGGACAAGUUCAUCUACUGGGUGGACGGGCGCCAGAACAUCAAGCGAGCCAAGGACGAUGGGACGCAGCCCUUUGUUUUGACCUCUCCGGGUCAAAGCCAAAACCUGAGCCCAGACAGACAGCCGCACGACCUCAGCAUCGACAUCUACAGCAGGAUGCUCUUCUGGACGUGUGAGGCCACCAACACCAUCAACGUCCACCGCCUCGAUGGGGAUGCCAUGGGCGUGGUGCUCCGGGGGGAACGCGACAGGCCAAGGGCCAUCGCAGUCAACGCGGAGCGAGGGUACCUGUACUUCACCAACAUGCAGGACCGAGCAGCCAAGAUCGAGCGCGCAGCUCUGGACGGCACGGAGCGUGAAGUCCUGUUCACCACGGGCCUGAUCCGCCCCGUGGCCCUUGUGGUGGACAACACGCUGGGCAGGCUCUUCUGGGUGGACGCAGACCUGAAGCGCAUCGAGAGCUGCGACCUGUCGGGUACGUGCCCAGGCCUCCCUGGUCAUCGGCACCUUGGCAGUCCACAGGUGUCCCUCCGGGAAGCCACGGCAUCUUGUUAUUGUGAUGUCCACGCAUCAGACAUCUCAUCCAACAGGCACCAGCACAGCCGCGCGCAGCUGCUGAGCACGUGCAGCUGGGGCAGGGGAGGCCCAGCCGCCGGCUUUUCUGUUACCGAGCUCCUGUGGGCGUGGCAUAGCUUUUGGGGGCACACCCACUGUCACAGUGAAGACAGGCAGCGGAGGGUGGUGGCUGUGGGUGCGAUGGGGGCUGGGAUGCCCAUCAGUCCUGUGCUGCUCUUCAGUCUCCAGGUUUAUGUCAAUUUCCAUAUCAUAGAAGGAAACUCAGGGCUGCUGGGGAGUGAGUGGAAAGGUACCCUGGGUGGGCUCGUCCCUCAGGCCCCCUCCUCAGUGCCAGGUCCUGAGGUGAGAGGAGGAGCCCGACCCCAGCGCCCCGUCUUGUUUGUCCCUACAGCGGCUCACCCCUGUGCCCGAGACAACGGCGGCUGCUCCCACAUCUGCAUCGCCAAGGGUGACGGGACCCCGCGGUGCUCCUGCCCCGUCCACCUCGUGCUCCUGCAGAACCUGCUGACCUGUGGCGAGCCUCCCACCUGCUCCCCCGACCAGUUUGCGUGUGCCACUGGGGAGAUCGACUGCAUCCCCGGGGCCUGGCGCUGUGACGGCUUCCCCGAGUGUGACGACCAGAGUGACGAGCUGGGCUGCCCCGUGUGCUCUGCUGCCCAGUUCCCCUGCGCACGGGGCCAGUGUGUGGACCUGCGUCUGCGGUGUGACGGCGAGGCCGACUGCCAGGACCGCUCCGACGAGGCCCACUGUGACGCCAUCUGCCUGCCCAACCAGUUCCGGUGUGCCAGCGGCCAGUGUGUCCUCAUCAAGCAGCAGUGUGACUCCUUCCCCGACUGCAUGGACGGCUCCGAUGAGCUCAUGUGCGAAAUCACCAAGCCACCCUCAGAUGACACCCCAGCCCACAGCAGCGCCAUCGGACCUGUCAUCGGCAUCAUCCUGUCCCUCUUCGUCAUGGGCGGGGUCUAUUUUGUUUGCCAGCGCGUGGUGUGCCAGCGCUAUGCAGGGGCCAGUGGGCCCUUUCCGCAUGAGUAUGUCAGCGGGACCCCCCACGUGCCUCUCAAUUUCAUAGCUCCUGGUGGCUCGCAGCAUGGUCCCUUCACGGGCAUCUCGUGCAGCAAGUCCAUGAUGAGCUCCGUGAGCCUGAUGGGGGGCCGGAGCGGCCCUCCCCUCUAUGAUCGGAACCAUGUCACUGGCGCCUCGUCCAGCAGCUCGUCCAGCACGAAGGCCACUCUGUACCCACCGAUCCUGAACCCGCCUCCGUCGCCUGCCACGGACCCCUCGCUGUGCAACAUGGACAUGUUCUACUCCUCAAACAUUCCGGCCACUGCCAGGCCAUACAGGCCCUACAUCAUUCGAGGCAUGGCGCCCCCAGCGACACCCUGCAGCACGGACGUGUGUGACAGCGACUACAGCACCAGCCGCUGGAAGGCCAGCAAGUACUACCUGGAUUUGAACUCGGACUCAGACCCCUACCCGCCCCCACCCACGCCCCACAGCCAGUACCUGUCGGCGGAGGACAGCUGCCCUCCCUCGCCCGUCACCGAGCGGAGUUACUGCCACCUCUUCCCGCCCCCUCCGUCCCCCUGCACGGACUCAUCCUGACCUCGGCUGGCCCACCCCAGCCUCUCUGUGCCCCUGUAAAUAUUUUUAAAUAUGAACAAAGAAAAAAUAUAUUUUAUGAUUUAAAAAAUAAAUAUAAUUGGGAUUUUAAAA